UGUUCCGUCAGGAGAAACACAGAGAGACUCACCUCCUUUCCUCAGAGUCCUUCUAAUGGACGCAGAGCUGACUCAGAUGGAAAGUGACACCGGAGACAGAGACGGAGGAUAAUAAUGAUGGAAGACGGAGUGAUCAGUCCGGAGCCACAGCAUCGCUCAAACCCUCUGCUGCACAGCGACGCUCCCUGAAGGACACGUCGACCUUGACAUAUUGCAGCGUUCAUGACGAAAGGUUGCCUCUCCUUUUGCCAAGAGCUGGAAGACGACAGGGCCAAAAGCUUUCCGGGGACCGAGCGUCAGCAAGAAAUCCACUUUGUCUUGCUGCAGUAACAAAUGAGCCUUUAUUGGUGAAGCUCAAAGUGCUAACAGCUGACUCCAUACGGGCCAAUUACUGACGGGAGGGGAUACGGGGCCAAGAUGAAGGACACAGCGUUUGUGGCUUGUUUGCUGGCGGAGCUGUCUUUUGUUCUGGCCUCAGAGGGGGCUGCUCAUUGCCCGGCGUUUUGUCGAUGUGAGAUACGACCCUGGUUCUCACCCAGCUCUGUUUACACCGAGGCUGCCACGGUGGACUGUAAUGACUUGGGUCUCUUGGCGCUGCCGGAGAAGCUCCCCUCGGAAACACAGGUGCUGCUGCUGCAGACAAACAACAUCGUUAACGUGGAGACAACUUUGGAUUACUUGGCCAAUAUCUCUGAAAUCGACUUGUCUCAGAAUAACAUUUCCUCAGUGAGCGAUGUUAGCCUGGGCUCCCUCCCCCGGCUGCUGUCACUCCACAUGGAGGAGAAUUGGAUCCAGGAGCUUUCUGACGGCUGCCUCUCUUCCUGGCCCAAUCUCCAGGAGUUUUACAUCAACCACAACCUGAUUUUCUCCAUCGCCCCCGGAGCUUUCCAGGGUCUGAGCCGGCUGCUGAGGCUCCAUCUCAAUUCCAAUCGCCUGACGAGUGUAAACAGCCAGUGGUUCCAGUACCUCCCCCACCUUGAGAUCCUGAUGCUGGGAGAGAACCCCAUCAUUCGGCUGUCAGACAUGAACUUCAAACCCCUGGCGAACCUCCGAAGCCUCGUGCUCGCCAAGAUGAAUUUGACUGGAAUGCCCGAUAACGCUCUGGUUGGACUUGACAAUUUGGAGAGCAUUUCUUUCUUUGACAAUUUGCUCAAUUGUGUCCCCAGAGCGGCGCUGACUAAAGUCAAGAACUUAAAGUUUCUGGAUUUGAAUAAAAACCCGAUUGAGAGGAUCCAAAGAGGAGACUUCAUGGACAUGAUGCAUCUCAAGGAGCUGGGCAUCAACAGCAUGCCCGAGCUCGUGUCCAUUGACAGUUUCGCGCUGAACAACCUGCCAGAGUUGACGAAAAUCGAGGCCACCAACAAUCCCCGUCUGUCCUACAUACACCCGACAGCUUUCCACAAACUCCCCAGGCUGGAGACCUUGAUGCUGAACAGCAACGCUCUAAGCGCGAUCCAUCGAAGCACGGUUGAAUCCCUCCCAAAUCUGCGGGAGGUCAGUUUGCACAGCAACCCCAUCCGAUGCGACUGUGUCAUUCGUUGGGUCAACAUGAACCGGACCACCGUUCGAUUCAUGGAGCCCGACUCCCUGUUCUGCGUGGAGCCUCCGGAGUACCAAGGCCAGCACGUCCGAAAGGUGCAUUUCAGGGAGAUGACGGAGAUCUGCCUUCCUCUGAUAUCAACGAAGAGCAUCCCGGAUCACGUGGAAGUCUCUAAAGGGAGUAAAGUGUCGCUGCACUGCCGGGCAUUUGGAGAACCGGAGCCUGAGAUCUUCUGGGUGACGCCAAAGGGUGACAAGGUCCUACCUGGAAGUGCGUCCGAUAAAUACUACAUGCACCCCGAGGGAACCUUUGACCUCUACGAUGCCACGGAGCAGGAAGCCGGAUCGUACACCUGCGUCGCCCACAACCUCGUCGGGGCAGACCUGAAAUCGGUGAUGGUUUCGGUAGACGGAUCCAUCGCAGAGCUUUCUAACCAACCUGUCCACGUCUUUAUCACAUCGGUGCAGUCUCACUCUGUUAGGGUUUCCUGGGAUAGCACAGGGGGUUUGGUAUCGCAACUAAAAUGGUCUGUUUUAGCCGACAGUGUGAUGCCGUUCACAGCCAGACUUCCUGCCGACGUCAGAGAUUACCGCAUCAAACAGUUGAAGCCUUCCACGUGUUACCAGGUUUGUGUGGAAGUGCAGCCUGGAUACAGCAGGGAUUGUGUAAACGUCACCACGAAGGAGGCAGCGUUCCCAACGAGGAAGACGGAGAACUGGGACGGUCUGGUGAUGGCUUCUUGUGCCGUGUUUUUCAUCGUGGUUGCCGUGGCUUGCUCCUUGAUUUAUACGUCUCUGUACAGCCAAAUGUUUUACAGGAAACUGAUCGCAGAUCCUGAUGAAGCGCUGCUUAUUCCCAGCACUCAACCCUCUUCUUCUUCCUCUUUCCUGGAAUCCUGUUCUGGGACCAAGGUGAGGGCCACCGCAAUAGACUUACCGGACAUGUAAGAAAAUGUCCUUGUAUGUAAAAGCACUUUGGGAUUAAGUGGAAAACGAAGAGUGAUUGACACGGGACAUUCGGGACAAUGUCAUUUAUGGGCUCUCUUUUCAGGACUUUUGAUGGGACAUUUUGCACUGGAUCUCAGCUCGGUGGCAUCGGAGGAAAUGUAUUGAUAUUUACAUAAAUUGCUUAAAAGCAGAGACUAUUUUGUAUUUCCAACCUGUGUCGAUAUAACAAGCGUAAUCAGGCAGAUAUCUUGACUAUAAUCUACAUGGCUCCUGGUCAUCGAUGCAGUGCAACUGGAGUAAAGCACAGCAGAGGAACUGUUUAAAAUACUUUGUCGGGAUGGCUUUUAUGUCUGCAAAAAGCUCUUUCUUUGCUGUGUUUCAUUAAACGGUGCCAAGCGAAGAUUUGUUAUAGCAGGAAAAAAAAAAACCUUGUUAGUCUUGUGUACAAUUAAACCGACUGUAAUGUAAACAAUUUUAUGAACAAAUACAUUUUUCAUUAAACCUGUGUGGUGUCUAAU